AGAAGUAGGAACUCGCUCGUCAUCUUUCGAGACCUCACCCCGGAUUCAGUCAUCUAUCCGCAUUCAGGACCAGCGGUCUGGCAUCGAGAAUCAUGGCUUCGGCAGAUGAGCGGAAUUCGAGAACCAUACAUACAGCGGCUUGUUUAAUCAUUGGCGAUGAAGUUCUCGGGGGAAAGACAACUGAUACAAACUCCGCCUAUAUGGCGAAGUGGUGUUUUUCUCUAGGCAUAAACUUAAAGAGAGUCGAGGUCAUUGAAGACGACGAGGAUGAGAUCGUAGAAGCGGUACGGAGAAUGAGUGGCCGCUAUGAUUUUGUCGUGACAAGUGGUGGCAUAGGACCGACACAUGACGAUAUUACCUACCAAUCCAUCGCCAAGGCAUUCGACUUGAAACUCAUAUUGCACGAAGAGGCGUAUGAACGGAUGAAGAAACUCACCAAGCCGAGCAAAUCUCAUCCGAACUUCAGUUGGGAUGUAGAAUCCCCAGCCAAAACCGCCCGGCUUAGGAUGGUCCAUCUACCCACUGACGAGUCACGCGACCUGGCAAACCAGGCCUUAUUUCCACGUGACGAUCUUUGGGUUCCUAUUUCCGUAGUAAACGGGAAUAUUCAUAUUCUCCCAGGUGUACCAAAGUUGUUCGAAAGCCUUUUGCAAGGUCUCAAGCCGUUUAUAGUCGACCGGCUAGUAGAUCCCGAGGGCAAAGGCAUUUUUAGAGCUAUCAUCUCUACGCCGAUGGGUGAGAGCGCUAUUGCCGAUUACCUCACCGAUUUGGCAGCCAGAGUCGCGCAUAAGGAUGUAAAAGUCGGAAGCUAUCCUCGAUGGGGCAGGAAGAACAACACAGUUACUCUUGUCGGAAGGGACAAGGAGUAUAUCGAGAGUUUAGUACCGGAGGUUGUGCAGAAAGUCCAAGGAAAGCGGGUUCAAAAUGAGGGAGAGGAUGAUGAGCCCGAGGUCGCAGCCUCGACGCUUACCUAGGCAUACAUAUUGUUAGUCCGACUUCUUGAUAGAGACCUACCGACAGCUCGGCGCUAUUCUUCUAUGCUCCUUCAUAGAUGGAGAAGGUGUUAGGAGAUCUUCGAUGAUUGUACAGCUAAAUUCGGCCGAUCUGUAAAUGUUAUUAUCUUCUGUCGUUCGAUUCCUCUUCUAUUGCAUGA